UGGAGGUCUGGUCCACAGGGUACGGGUUAUUUACUGUCUGGGUAAGAAAUAACUUGGGACCUCGAAAUCAGAAGAUAAACAAACCUAAAUCCAGAGACUCUUACCCUCAGCCCGGAAGUAAGCAUGGAGUCCGGGUGCCCUGAGUUGCUGGAGCCCCCAGAAGAUAUCUUCUCAACAGGAUCCUUCCUGGAGCUGGGGCUCGACUGUCCUCCGUCAAAGGGCCUUCAGAAGAGCGAACCUGACGAUCUCCUGAACCUCUUCAUUGAUCCCAAUAUGGUAUACUGCUCAGAGACAGCUCCUGCUAGUGACAGUGGUGUCUCGGAAGACCCUAGCUCUCCAGCCCCACAGGCGCCUGGCUCCCCCGCCCUCUAUGAGGUUGUCUAUGAGUCAGGGGGCUUGCAGAGCACUCAGCGGGAAGCGGGGCCGGCCUUCGGACUCAUCUCCAUCCAGAUAGAGCAGUGGAGCUCUGCAUUCAUGGCGCCUGAGACCUGCCCGGUCAGUGGGCUACCCUCUGAUGCUCAUAGACACAUCCUGCCUAGAGCCAGCACGGUAGCCCCAGCAGCUCCUGACGCCCUGCUGUCCUGUCAACGUCUGUUCCUGACAGAUGAAGAGAAGCAUCUGCUGGGGCAAGAAGGGGUGUCUCUGCCCUCUCACCUGCCCCUCACUAAGGCAGAAGAACGAGUACUCAAGAAGGUCAGGAGGAAAAUUCGCAACAAGCAGUCAGCGCAGGACAGCCGUCGGCGGAAGAAAGAAUACAUAGGCGGGCUGGAGAGCAGAGUGGCAGCCUGUUCUGCACAGAAUCAGGAACUACAGAGAAAAGUCCAGGAGCUGGAGAGGCAGAACACUUCCUUGGUGGCACAGGUCCACCAGUUACAGAUGCUCACUGCUCAGACCUCCAGCAGAGCUGCCCAGACCAGUACCUGUGUUCUGGUACAUCAGGAUGUUCUUUAUCUCCCUCCACCCGCCCGCCACCAUGCUCCACACUCCCACCUAAGACCCCCACUACCUAGCCCUAUUUCCCAAACCCUGAUAACUGUACUGACAAUGUUGAUGCAGUCUUCCUCCUCUGCUGUCCCCAACACCCAUAUGCCCCCUUGCUCCUUUCAGAUUCUCCUUUUUUCGCUGGCUCUCAUCAUCCUGCCCAGCUUCAGCCCCUUCCAGGGCCAACCAGAAGGCAGACAUAAGGCUUACCAGCCUCAUGGAGUGAUUUCCAGAAAUAUCUUGACUCACAAGGACAUGACAGAAAGCCCAGAGAUUCCAGCGGUGAAGUCCCAACUGGAGGGACUGCCUGAAGUCCCAACUGCAAAUGGCUCUACAAAGACACAGUUAAAGCUGGGGACGAGGAACAGACCCACUGGGCAGAUCAGGGGAAUGCUGCAUGCAGAUGAGAUGUAAGCCUUUCCAAUCACACAGAACCCAGAGGCUUCCCUGACCAUUUCAUCUGGAAUUUCCAUUUAGGCAUCCAACCUUGGAGUUCUAACUCACUCAAGAUCCCAUAGAUCCACAAAGGCCAAGUUUGCUUAUAUGGCAGGGCAUCUCAUAUACUUCUGUCCUACAUUUGUGAUUUCUUCUUUGGGGAUGAGAUUAACGGGAACCAAGUUUUGACUCAGAAAUAAACUUUCUAGCUAAAAUUCA